UGGAGGAGCAUAACACAUGGUGUGCACGCGCAAACUAUUUCAAUCAAACGCAGCGGCACCAGCAGCAAACACGUCUAAAGGAUGUUACAAGUCAUGCAAAAUUUAUCUUGUACGGUGUAUUGUACAAUUUCUUACGCAAAACAUUAACUCGAUGAGCAUUCCACGAUAAAUACUUGACGUACACCCCCGCACAGAUAGUGGGAUCGACCUACCCACAUAGGUGCCGUAGUUUGGAGUCAGUGCAGAAGUGAGGUGGUAUUCAACAAGUCUCAUGGUUAUAUUGUGGAUGUAAUGUGAGUUUUCACUCAUGGUAGGCCUAUGCCAAGAUUAUGCAGUGGAUGCAUGUUUCCUUGGAAUUAUCGCAUGCCAGGAUUUCGGCGAAGGACAGCCUUAGUGAAAAGGUUAUGGCGAUUGAGAAAAUGCGAACUAGGGGUAGAACAGGACGGCGGUGAUAGCCGUGAUUUCAUCGCGGCAGCCGGUCACAAUUGUCUGAAGCAACUCUCCGACGAACAACUUGCGACGUUGUUGGAAGCUGUGACUGGUGGUGGAACGGCAACAGACUGUGUUCAUGUACCGUACGACCCCGUCGAAACCGGCAGUGGACAUGUAUCUCCACAUGUGUUAUUUUGUGAAAUCUGGAGGUGGCCCGAUCUUCGCGCGAACGGUGGGCUCCUCAAGCGACUGUCGACUUGUCCGGCGCCCACGACAGCGUCCGUAUGUGUCAACCCGUUUCACUGGAGCCGGCUCUGCACACCAGAGUCGCCACCGCCUCCGUACAGGGCUAGCACCAAGGUGUUUAGCGAAGAGCUGCGGAGACGAGAAGAUGAGCAAGGUCGGCUAUACGGGGACAGUAGUACGGAGACGUGUGACCACUAUCGGUCAUUCACUGGUCAGUGUGCAGACUGUGAGAAUUCCGACUCGACGCCGCGCAGCCACCACCACUGGUGCACGAUCGCCUACUGGGAGCAUACGAGCCGCGUCGGUCGCCACCUACAGGUCUACAACCCCAGCAUCAGCGUUUACUCGCACCUACCUCACACCGACGGCAUGUGCCUUAGGAUACUGCAGAACGAGCAGUGCAGCGGCGGCGGCGGCGGCGGUCACGAUAUAAAACCACGAUAUGAAACUACGGUAUGA